AAACACAUACACACAACAGACGGACAGACAGACAGACAGAAAGAGUAGACGAAGAACCACAUCCAUGGCAGCCGGCACGACACUACAAAAGGCCAUCGAUCUGGUGACAAAGGCCACCGAGGAGGAUCGCAACAAGAACUACGCGGAGGCGCUGCGUCUCUACGAGCACGGCGUCGAGUAUUUUUUGCAUACAAUCAAAUAUGAGGCACAGGGCGAGAAGGCCAAGGACUCGAUACGUGCAAAAUGUCUACAGUACUUGGAUCGCGCCGAGAAGCUGAAGGAGUAUCUGAAGAAGGGCAAGAAAAAACCGAUUAAGGAGGGCGGCGAGAGCAGCUCCAAGGAUGACAAGGACAAAAAGAGCGACAGCGACGACGAGGACGGCGAUGAUCCAGAGAAAAAGAAGCUGCAAGCCAAACUGGAGGGUGCCAUUGUCAUUGAGAAGCCGUGCGUACAAUGGUCCGAUGUGGCUGGCCUCGAUGCCGCCAAGGAGGCACUCAAAGAGGCUGUCAUCUUGCCGAUUAAGUUUCCGCAGCUGUUCACCGGCAAGCGCAUACCCUGGAAGGGUAUUCUACUAUUUGGGCCACCCGGUACGGGCAAAUCAUAUUUGGCCAAAGCGGUCGCCACCGAGGCAAACAGAUCCACAUUCUUUUCGGUAUCUAGCUCCGAUCUAAUGUCUAAAUGGCUGGGCGAAUCCGAGAAGCUGGUGAAGAAUCUCUUCGAGCUGGCGCGCCAGCACAAGCCAUCGAUUAUAUUCAUUGAUGAGAUUGAUUCAAUGUGCUCGGCCCGUUCGGACAAUGAGAACGACAGCGUGCGCCGCAUCAAGACCGAGUUCCUGGUGCAAAUGCAGGGCGUUGGCAAUGAUACCGAUGGCAUUCUCGUACUGGGCGCCACCAAUAUACCCUGGGUGCUCGAUUCGGCCAUACGCAGGCGUUUCGAGAAGCGCAUCUAUAUUCCGUUGCCGGAAGCGCAUGCCCGCCUCGUCAUGUUCAAAAUCCAUUUGGGCAACACCACCCAUGUGCUGACCGAGCAGGAUCUCAAGGAACUCGCCGACAAGACCGAAGGUUACUCUGGCGCCGAUAUAUCGAUUGUGGUGCGUGAUGCGCUGAUGGAGCCGGUGCGCAAGGUACAAACAGCUACACACUUUAAGCGCGUCUCGGGUCCCUCUCCGGGCGACAAGGAGAAGAUUGUCGACGAUCUACUGGUGGCCUGCUCGCCGGGCGAUCCGGGCGCCGUUGAAAUGAAUUGGAUGGAUGUGCCCAGCGAUAAGCUCUUCGAGCCGCCAGUCACCAUGCGCGACAUGCUCAAGUCCUUGUCACGCACGAAACCGACCGUCAACGAGGAGGAUUUGGUAAAGCUGCGCAAAUUCACAGAGGACUUCGGCCAGGAGGGCUAAGCCGCGAAAGCUAAUUAUACCGCCGCCAUUAAGUUUACCACCCAGCAGCUUAUUCUUGAUUGUUGCCUAAUACAUAAAACGAUAAACACGCCCCUGGCUCUAUGGAUCCACACACACACACUCACACGUACACUCUAUAUAUAUAUAUAUAAUAAUAUAUUAUAUAUACAUAUAAAAAAUUGUUCUAUGCCUUUCUGUUCUGUUUUUCUUUUACCACAUAUUGUAAACACACACAAACGCUAUGUAUAUGUGAGUUGCAGAUCGUUCGCAUAUAUGUAUAUGGUUAAAAUAGUUUAUCAAGUUUUGUCGUAUGCUAACCCCAACCGCCCCCUUGUGGCUGCUGCUGCUGCUGUUGUAAUCACGAAAUGAAGAGAAAAAGUAGUCGAUGUAUUUUUAUACACUUAAUGUUAAGCCAAAACCCGAAAUGAAACCGAUUGUAAUUUAUGUGUGUUGCACAGAGUGCGACUGUGUGUGUGUGUGUGUGCGCGAGUGUUUGUCAACCUGCAAGUGGAUGCAACAUUCAAUGCUGCCUUCACACCUGGACACCUGCCCACAUGAGCCCCAUCAGACGCAGACACACAGACACAAACAGACAGACAGACAGACGGACGGACGGACGGACAGCCGCAGUUGGCCAAUUGGCCAGUUAACCAGCAAACAGGCAAACUAUUUUCAAAUGUAACCGAUAAAAAAACAACAAAAAAUUAAACGAUAUUUCAAAUUGAUUAGCAUCUAGAAAUUCAGUGUGGCUCGA